AUGAAGCUCGAUUAUCAAACUUACACACUCUCGGAGAACAUAAAGAUCUUCUUCAGUGACAAUGGCGCUCCACCAAACUCCGACGACUACACCACGAUAGUCGUCUGUCACGGAAGUGGUUUCAAUGGACACGGUCUAGAAAGGAUGCACAACGUUUCUCAUUCGCUCAAUCUUCGUACCGUCAUCUUCAAUCGACGUCAGUAUCCUGGUUCGACGAAAUACAGUGACUCAGAGCUCGAAGAUCUCAAGCAAGGCCGGAAAGUCUUCAUCGACAGAAUCGGGAAAGUAAUGGCCGAGUUUCUACUACAGUUCAUCAAGAAGGAAAAGAUACCGAAAGCCAGUGAAGAUAUGAAGGAAGGAGGUAUCGCGGUCAUGACCUGGUCGAUGGGUACUCCUUCGGGAAUGGCGCUAUUCUCCGAUCAAAAUAUUGUUCCUCACGAGGACUAUUUGGUCCUUGAGAAAUACGUAAAAGACCUUGUUUGCGAUGUUAUACCUACAGAUCCUCCUCAUCUGUGUUUUGGCUUCAAAGUACCCGACGAUAUUAAGUCUUACGAUCCUUGGACCGACCGAGAGUUGAAAACUCUACCAGAAAAAUUCAAGCAGUUUUCCAAUUGGGUAUCCACGUACUUCGAUCAUCCCAACCCCGAAACUGGCAAGCUUCAAGACAUGGACCUAACAACGAAAGGAAGUGAGAAUUCAACUAUCAUGAAAUGGUCUCCAGAAGAGUUGCAGAGAAACUUCGAUGCGGGGGCAGCUGUAUUUGAGUUUCCCAUGUUUGUUGAGCCGAUGCAAACAACGCUCAGGGAGAUGACUGAACGGGUCCUUUAUGAUGACAACCUCAUUCGUUCGUACUUCCCUCGCUUGAAAGUAACCUUGCUUUACGCCUCGCAAACAAAUUGGCACUGUUUCUGGGGUCCGAAGGAACUAGAACGAACUUACAAUGAACAUGUUUCGAGGGGAGGGAGUGCAAGGCCGUUGAAGGUCUACAAGAUGGACGGGAACCAUAUGGUAAGCAGUUUGACUUCUGAUACAGUGGGUGCUGAACGACUCAUCGCCACUCCAUCCCACUCUCUAGCUACACUGGGAAAAUCCGGAGCAUUUGCUACAGGCAACGGUGGAAGGAUUGAGAAGGUAGUUUUAUCAGAGACAUGCUAUGCCACCGAAACAUCGUGA